AUGUUCCGUAGGGCCUCGGACGUCAGUCCCACUGUGCGCGCCCGAGCCCUGGUGGCGCUCACUGCGACUCUUCGGAUUCUGAAAGGACGCCCCUCGCUUCUGGACGCUUUGCUUGCCGAUCAUGCUCAUGUUCAUGCACAAGCUGAGCGUGCCGCGAGCAUGGGUGAUGGAUUCGGUCUGAGAGAACGAUCGGAGCCUGGAGCAGAAGCAGUGCGAUCUGGGUCGGUUCUGAGUGCGGAGGAGGUGUUGGGCAUGGUGCAGAGUCGUUUGGAGGACGAGAAGGGGCUGGUGCGCAAGGCGGCGGUGGGGGCUCUGGAGGAGAUAGUGGGGCUGUCGAGGCUGCCACUGAGGGAGGAGCUGGUGGAUGCCAUUGGGGAGCUGUGCUCUGAUUCGCUGCUGAGCGUCCGCAGGGUGGCUCUCACAGCAUUGUCUAAGCUGACCAUGUCCAACCCAGGUCACGUGUGGUUGCGCUCCAAGUGGCUGCAAUCCGCGCUCGUGCUCAUUCUCGACAACGAGGCCACUGUGCAAGACCAGGCGCUCGACCUCCUCGCCUCCCUGCUCCUCCAACCCCUCAGCCUAAUCUCCGCAUCUCCCCGCCCCUCUGCUGCUUCAAGGAUGAGUCUGUGCAAGGAGAGGCCGCUGCACGUGUGUGUGGGGAGGAGGGGGGUGCCUCCUGCUCCUGUGCUCUGUGAGGGGGAGGAAGUGUGUGAGGUGUGUGGGCGGGCCGCUGGGGUGGAGGGUGCUGGAGCAGCAGGAGGAGGAAACUCAGCAGCAGUAGUAGUAGCUGAAGGGUCUGUGAGAAGCGCAGUGGCGUGGCUGAUGGCGGUUGGUCAAGGGAACUCGUCGGUGGUGCCGCUGCUGCACCGCGCAUGUGCGGUUCUGGCAAGGCGAAACACGCUCAACGCAAGGCUUGUGGAAGGGCUGCAGGCGGUGAUUGAAGCGGCCGAGGGAUGGCAGAACGUUCAGCAGCAGCAGCAGCAGAAGCAGCCGAUCGGAAAGGGGAAUUCAGUAACAAUGGCAGCAGGUGUGAAGGGGGGCAGUCCCAGCAGUGUGUGGAGGUGGGUGGUGAGGGGCGCGUGGCUGCUGCUGCUGGAAGUCACGUCCUUCUCGCCGCAGGGGGUCAGAUGGGAGUUCUUGAUUUCCAGAUGGAGGGACGGCAGGAAGCAGCAGGAAACCGGUGACAGAAGACAUGAUGAAGCUGCUCGUCUUGAGCUGGACUGUCCUGCACAUCCCGAACACGAGAGAGAGGCUCAGGUGUUGGACGGGCAGGCGAGAGAAACACAUGUUCUGGACGGGCAGGAGAGGGAGGCGCAAGUGCAUGUGCUCAAGGCGCUCUGCAACGUUGCUGCACGGAUCCCAGGGGAGAAAGCUGCCGACGUGGCAGCAGGGCUGCUGCACAACCUGCGCAGCUUCCAUCUGUCCCCAGACGAGGUGAGGCGCUGCAAUUGGCCCGGUUUGUCCUGUUGUGGAGCGCGUCGGAGCGUGCUGGUUGCAGGCUGCUCCUGCUUUCUCGCUUUUGGGUUCACUUAG